AUGCACUUCUCUACUGCAGUCAUUGCCUCCGUUGCCGCUCUGGCGCCUCUUGCCAGCGCCGUCGGCAACGCUGUCGUGACCAACCACUGUGACUUCCCCGUCUAUCUCUGGUCCGUCGGUGGCGGUAUUGGCCCCAAGCAGACCAUCCCGGCAGGCGGCAGCUACACCGAGAAAUUGCACCACGACGAUGCCUCCGGUGGUAUCUCGCUGAAGAUCACCACCGUCGACAACGGCCUGUACAAUGGCAGCCCCCAGACCAACUUUGCCUACACUCUGGAUCCAGGCACCGUCUGGUACGACAUGUCCGAUGUCUUCGGCGAUCCAUUCUCCGGCAAGACGAUUGUCGUGCGGCCCACCGAAACGACCUGCUCGAAGAUCUGCUGGCCACAGGGUGUCAACCCCGGUGGUAGCCAGACCAAGAGCUGCACCUCGGACUCGAGUAUCAAUCUGAACCUCUGUGCAGCUAAGUGCUAA